CAGCUAUCUGGGGGUCUCAGACAUUUACUGAACAAGAAUGGCUUUCCUCUGGCUCCUGUCCUUCACUGCCCUUCUGGGUGCAACCUAUGGGUGUGGUGUUCCUGCGAUAGAACCUGUCCUCACUGGUUAUUCUCGCAUUGUGAAUGGUGAAGAGGCAAUUCCUGGCUCUUGGCCAUGGCAAGUCUCUCUGCAGGAUAGCACUGGAUUUCAUUUCUGUGGCGGAUCUCUCAUCAGUCCUGAAUGGGUUGUUACAGCAGCACACUGUAAUGUCAGGACAUCCCACCGUGUUGUUUUGGGUGAAUUUGAUCAAAGCUCUAACGAGGAAGCAGUUCAAGUUAAGAAAGUUGCCCAGGUAUUUAAGCACAAACAGUUCAAUAUGUUUACUAUCAAGAAUGAUAUUACCUUGAUUAAACUUGACUCCAAAGCUAACAUAAAAGAUGCUACUGUGUCCCCUGUGUGCCUGGCUGAGACCACAGACAACUUCAGUGGUGGGAUGAGAUGUGUCACUACCGGAUGGGGAUUGACAGACUCCACUGCUAAUCAAACACCUGCAAGACUUCAGCAGGCAGUUCUCCCUCUCUUAACCAACACUGAAUGCAAGACAUAUUGGGGCAACAAAAUUGCUGAUGUUAUGAUCUGCGCAGGAGCUGCUGGAGCCUCAUCUUGCAUGGGUGAUUCUGGUGGACCAUUGGUUUGUCAGAAGGAUAAUGCGUGGACUUUAGUUGGUAUUGUGUCCUGGGGAAGUGGCACUUGCUCCCCAUCAUCUCCUGGAGUAUAUGCCAGAGUCACAGCUCUCAGGGACUUUAUUGACCAGAUUGUUGUUAAUAACUAAUCUAUUUGUUCAUCUGAAAUAAGUCUGUUUAAAUAAAUGUAUCUUGCAUUAAAA